AUGGAUGCUAACAUCAUUGAGGAUUUCGACUUUAGUGCUGCAAGAACAGUACCAAAGGCAGGUCGGAGGGUGAAAAGCAUGAAGCCGCCGAUAGAUUUGUUGAAGGACGAUACUGAGGCUCUAACUAUUUCUGAUACUAGUGAACAGAAAUCAUUGGCAAAUCAACCCUCUGUUAAGAAAUCUGUCGGUGGUUGGGGCGAAGAAACAAGCAACGCAAUUGGGCAUAUUUUCUUCGGGGAAAUGGAUGGGACAGACGAGAAGGUUUCCGUAGUUGAUGCAGACAUACCCGCAAUACCUGAAAUCGAAAACGCUGAUGAAGCAUCACAUGAUUGUGACGCAACCAGUACCCCAAGUAUGUUGGUGAAGAGGAUUCCAACGUAUGCAGAACUGGAAAACGAGAUCCUCAUCUCUCACGGUCUCCAAAUGCUGGACAACACAACAGACCUGACACUACUAGCAAAUUUUUUGGACCCCAAGGAAGAUACCGGGGAGGAGGAUGAGGUCUGGGACUGGAACAGACUCCGCACUACCUUGGCAUACGAUUAA